AUGGCUGACCAGAUAUCAUCUCAUCCGCGUUUGUGCCCCUCAUGGGCCUCGCAAUUUGCGUGGAAGGAGCAUCAGCUCGGACAGAUCCCGACAACUCCACUAGCAUCGCCAAGCAGACUCCGAUAUUCGAAGGCGAAGACAGAUACAGCCGAUGCACCUGAUGAGAAUUCACCUGCACCAGGUUCAUCUCAUGCGAGUGAGAAUGAUGACAUUCGAAGACGCAAUUGGACGGAUGCCCAAAUAUCCACUUCGAUACAGCUCUCUGAUCCGCUGACUGAUGCACACACUGUCUGUGUUGGCUCUCAACUUGCCAAUCCACAUAAUACACCAGUGUCGGAUUGUGAAGAAUCGAAUCAAAAUUCCUCUACGCUGCCCUCCGGUAUAAGAGGCGGCAAAUGCACUCUUUCGCCAUCUAAAUCUAGCAAUACCUCGACUAGCUGGCCGUACGUUUCGCAGAAAGGUUAUAGCAUCAACGCACCCGAUACCACUCGGACCGCGUGGAAGCCACCCCGGCCACCGAAGCCUUUCUUCCUAGCCGAUGCUGCCUUUGUCGUUCCGGAAACUCUGGGGAUUACUCGGACUUCUGCAGAUAUAUUCCCAACGGAGCGCAAGCACGUCAAGCAUCCUUUCAUUAGUCCUCCAUCUGAUCAUCAACAAACCCCUGCACUGCAUCCCCUCUUUGUGGAACAUAAAUAUCUGGAAGAGGAACCUGUUUCUGCCAAGCAGCGGAAACAGCCGGAGAUCAGAGGAAGGCAUUGCCCGCGUUACCAUCCACGGCCUAUUGUACGCCGCAGUGUUGAGACUGCGGGCCAUGUCUCUUUUAAUGAGGCGGAUAUGCCUUUUCCAGCGCCUAUACCUACUAUUGAUAGAUUGCCACUACGCCGACCAAUACUUUCACAGGAGUCAAAAAUGGCCUUCUUGCGGUCCCAGAGCGCUAUUAAUCACACCAACUUGAGAAAGACCAAAGGAGAUACGGUGUUGAAGGGUUUAAAGGGUCUCUUGGAGCGUCUGGUUGGAGUAAGCUUAUUUUGGCGAGAUGAACGUGAGUCGACUACGGUGACUUUGUCUUUCUACCGAUUCCAGGAUAAAGCACAAACUGUGCCAUCAAGUUCUUUGUCCUAUUUGCUGCGCAUGGAAGUUCUAUCAAUCGAUUCGAGGCGUCCAACAGACGAGUUUGCUGUGGUUUCAGAGUCUUCGACAACCCAAGUUACAUGUCUCUCUCAGAUUCGUCUUGUUCUUCCAUGCACAUUUAUCAAUAUUCUCAAGCCAUUCGUCAUGGGUAUUCAACAUCCUAUCUUUACGACCAUCACGUCGAUCUUUAUCUGUUUGUUUGCGAUCCUGGUACGAGCCUUUGCGAAACUGAGCUUACGGAAGCUCGACAGACUCUGCCGACACACACUUGGUAUCAAAGAGAGCGAUCCGGAAUGUUCUGAAUGA